CCCUCCUCCACUUUCUCAAUCCCCACACUCCCUAUCUACCUAGCUACCUUCAUUUUCUACAAAUCUGAUCCAAAGGAGGAAAAAGAGUAUCCCCGGCCCCUUCGGCUUCUAAAGGCGCCAGCUUCCGCCAUUAUUGUUGUUGAUCUGUUGCCUGCGUCACGGGAACAACGAGAAAACUCCAUCAAGAAGCUUGCUUUUUGACACCAAAAGUGCCCCGGGGGGAUCGCCCACGCAUUGCGCGCUCAAAGAUUCGAUUUAUUAUUAUUAUUAUUAUUUUUGAUCUUUGACGAUGACAAUGGCGACGAAGAUCGGCGAAGGCGGAGGAGCGAGGCGAGGGCGGGACGGGAACAAGGUGCGGCCGGCGUACCUCGGUGUCCGGAUGCGGGCGUGGGGGAAGUGGGUGUCGGAGAUCCGGGAGCCGCGCAAGAAGUCGCGCAUCUGGCUGGGGACGUUCUCGACGCCGGAGAUGGCCGCGCGGGCGCACGACGUCGCCUCCCUCAGCAUCAAGGGCGCCUCCGCGGUGCUCAACUUCCCCGAACUCGCCGCCUCGCUCCCCCGCCCGGCCACCCUCGCUCCCCGCGACGUCCAGGCCGCCGCUGCCAAGGCCGCCGCGAUGGUUCCCCCGCCACCCUCGCCGAAAUCCCCCGAGGACCCGUACACCUCCGACGAGCUCGGCGAGAUUGUGGAGCUGCCGCGGCUCGGCGUCCUCGACUCGGCCGAUGCUGGUUGCGAGUUCGUCUACCACGACCCUUGGUCACCGUGGGCAGAAACCGGUUUCGGAUGCGGGUUCGGGUUCGAAUUCGAAUUCGAGUCGAGUGAGAGUUGGACUCAGUCAGACGGCUGGGACUUGACCGGAUUCGGAACUCUCAUAUGAACCCAUCAAAACUCAUUUCUCAAACUCCGAUAAAACUU